UAUUGAAGAUGAAGUAAGUGCCAGGCCGUGCAGGGUGCAGAGAGCGCGAGGGUGCCGGGGCAGGUCCGCGCCGCUCGCGAUCGCCGCCCGCCGCCGCUCGAGGAAACACGCAGAAGCCGUGGGGCAGGAAAUGGAGCGGGAGCCAUAUUUGGAGGCAGUGCGUAGUUUACCGAGUGACGGCCGGGGCGGAUGCAGCUGAGCGCACCCCAGCACCUCCGGGGAGACAUUCGCGGCUGGAGAAGGGGGGUGACUAGUGCGUGGUCGGAAAGCCAAAGGAGGAGAAGAGGGGGGUUGGGGGGGGGGAGGAGAGGAAGUUCCCGCCACUGAAGAGAGAGUGAGCGAACGAUGAACCCUCAGGGCCGUGCGAUCGCCAGCGGGGAUAUUCUGAGGAAGAACCCGCAGCUGGACUUCGAGCUGAUCCAGAGGGUCGGCAGCGGCACCUAUGGCGAUGUGUACAAGGCAAGGAAUCUGCAGACUGGAGAGCUGGCUGCAGUUAAAAUUAUCAAGUUGGAACCAGGAGAUGACUUUUCCAUUAUACAGCAAGAAAUCUUCAUGGUAAAGGAAUGUAAGCAUGCUAACAUUGUGGCCUAUUUUGGAAGCUACCUAAGCCGUGAGAAGCUAUGGAUCUGUAUGGAAUACUGUGGGGGUGGAUCCCUUCAGGAUAUGUACCAUGUAACAGGACCGCUGUCGGAACUGCAGAUAGCUUAUGUGUGCAGGGAAACCUUGCAGGGUCUGAGUUAUUUGCACAGCAAAGGAAAAAUGCACCGAGAUAUAAAGGGGGCCAACAUUUUACUGACAGAUCAUGGAGAUGUAAAGUUAGCUGACUUUGGUGUGGCCGCAAAGAUAACUGCAACUAUUGCCAAGAGGAAGUCCUUCAUUGGAACCCCAUAUUGGAUGGCUCCAGAAGUUGCUGCAGUAGAGAAAAAUGGUGGAUACAAUCAGCUAUGUGACAUCUGGGCAGUUGGAAUCACAGCUAUUGAACUGGCUGAACUGCAGCCGCCAAUGUUUGAUCUGCAUCCUAUGAGGGCAUUGUUCUUGAUGAGUAAGAGUGGAUUUCAACCCCCCAAGCUGAAAGACAAAAUGAAAUGGACUGCAACAUUCCAUUCUUUUCUCAAGAUAGCAUUGACAAAAAAUCCAAAGAAAAGACCAACAGCUGAGAAGCUACUGACUCAUGCAUUUUUAACACAAUCAACCUUAUCCAGAUCAUUGGCAGUAGAUUUAUUGGACAAAGUCAAUAAUCCUGAAAAUCACCAUCUUUUCAGCGAGGCGGAUGAUGAUGAUCUUGAGUCCCUCUCCGCUGUUCCUCAUACAAUUCGCUCCACCAACAAGAAUACAAGAGCAGAAAGGACACAAUCGGAGAUCAACUUUGACAAAAUGCAGUUUGAACCUCCUUUGAGAAAGGAAACUGAGGCUCACUGUGAAAUGGAGGUAACCAAAGGCGUAGAAUUUGGGUCAUCGUGGAGCCCAUUUGCAGAUGGAGGAAACAAGGGAUACAUAGCACACCAAGAAGAGGACUUUGACAAUGCACUGUCCACACUUAAACGAGCUGUUGUAGUUCCACCUCCACUUCCACCAAAGCCAAGAAUGCACAGUGUUUCAGAUCUUCCAGAUGAAGAGAGAUCUCUGACAGUCAAGAGGCAGCCUUGUACCAAAAAUGGACCAUCAGUUGUGCCAAGAAGACAGAGUACUCCAACAUCCCUAUAUCAAUCAGAAAUGCUUGAAUCAUCCCUUCCCAGCAGCAUCAGUAGCCCAGGAUUGCUUGAUACCAGAGCCAGUGACUUAGAAGGUCCUUCAGGCUUAAAUGGUGAACAUCCUCCAGCAUUACCUCGAAGAAAAGAAAAAAAAGAUUUCCCUAAGCCAGCCACCAAUGGCCUUCCUCCAACACCAAAAGUCCAUAUGGGAGCCUGCUUUACUAAGGUAUUUGAUGGAUGUCCUUUGAAGAUAAAUUGUGCUACCUCUUGGAUACAUCCUGAGACAAAAGAUCAGUAUUUAAUCUUUGGAACUGAUGAAGGCAUUUACACAUUAAAUCUGAAUGAACUUCAUGAAGCUUCAAUGGAGCAACUUUUUCCUAGACGAUGUACCUGGUUAUAUGUGAUCAAUGACAUUUUAAUGUCUUUAUCAGGUAAAACAUUUCAGCUUUAUUCACACAACCUAGUUGGCUUAUUUGAACAGGCAAAGAAACCUGGGUUAGCAUCCCAUAUUCAAACACAUCGUUUUCCUGAUAAGAUAAUACCUCGGAGAUUUGCCUUAACAACAAAAAUUCCUGAAACUAAAGGUUGCCACAAAUGUUGUAUUGUGCGGAAUCCAUACACUGGAUGGAAGUACCUCUGUGGGGCAUUGCAGUCUGGUAUUGUUUUGCUUCAGUGGUAUGAGCCAAUGCAAAAGUUCAUGCUAAUUAAGCAUUUUGAUUUUCCACUUCCAAACCCUCUGAAAGUGUUUGAAAUGCUUGUGGUACCUGAGCAAGAAUACCCAAUGAUCUGUGUAGCCAUCAGUAAGGGCAGUGAACCCAGCCAGGUGGUCCGGUUUCAGACAAUAAACCUGAAUUCUUCUUCCUCAUGGUUUACAGAAAUUGGUUCAGCUACCUGCCAGUUGGAUACCAUCCACGUAACCCAGUUGGAAAGGGAUACAGUUCUCGUCUGCAUGGAUCAAAAUGUCAAAAUUGUAAAUCUACAUGGUAAAUUGAAGUCGAGCAAAAAACUGGCAUCAGAGUUGAGUUUUGACUUCUGCAUUGAAUCAGUAGUGUGUCUUCAGGACAGUAUACUGGCCUUCUGGAAGCAUGGUAUGCAGGGCAAAAGCUUUAAGUCAAAUGAAGUCACCCAGGAGAUAUCUGAUAAAAGCAGAGUUUUUCGUCUGUUAGGAUCUGAUAGAGUUGUAGUACUAGAAAGUCGACCAACAGACAAUCCUAUGGCUUACAGCAAUCUCUAUAUCCUAGCUGGCCAUGAAAACAGUUACUAAGCAACACCAAGAAACUUAAUCACAGGACUGCUGCUUGAAUUGGAACAAACAGAAAACAGCUUCAAACAAUGAAGAUUCACUGUUGAGAGAAUUAUAAACUGGGAUAGAAGUCGGUUGUGGCUGCUGUGGCCUUGAUUUAUUGAACUUAUGAUUUAUAUUUGAUUCUAUCAUGAGGUGGAUUUCCUAAGCAAGCAAGUAAAUUUGGUGGCUAAAUGUGGCUUAUUAAAAUAUUCAGCCACUGUGUGGUUUGUCUAUCAUAUCAAAUUUGCUUCAUAAAAACCUGGCUAACUGCACCUUUGUAAACCAUAACAAAGAUCUAAUUUCUAAUUGUACAAAGCAAAAGUAUGCAGAAAUCUUUGUCAAGUGCCACGUUUUCUAAUACUUUUUCCCAAAGGUCUUUCUAUUUCAUAAAUACCUUGCAUCAAAAUUUGAUGCUUCAUCCUGCUCUCUGUCCUAUUGUGAUCUAAAUCUACUUUUAGAACUAAAUUUACAAGUUGCUGAAUAGUGUAACUAUUUUAUAGGAUUUUUUUAAGGCAUCAGCUGCAGGACUGUACAGCUUUAAAAUUUCUGCCAUAGUAUAAUGUUAAACUGAAUAUUUAAAUGCUUUAUUUAUUAAUCUGCCAAUGGUAUUAAAAAUUAUAUUCAUGGGGGAAAUAAUUGUUAGUUACAUUUGCGUUGCAUUGGUUAGGGUUGUAAGGGAGAAAAAUGUUCUUUCUAAGCUGUUUGUAUGCAUAAGCACAUUGUAGUAUUUAAUUUAGACUUUAAUUCUUACACUUCCUUUGUACAAAGGCACUAUAUAAGCACUUUUUUGUACAACUUUUAAAUUGGAAGGCUUAGCUGUAUAGAUGCCACGGUAGUGUUUUUUUUCAUACAUUUUAAUCUUUUCAUAUGUAUAUUUAAGGUGUUUUUGUACACAUUAAUAGUAUAUUAAUAAAACUGGUGAAAAUUAAUGACAAAUAUACAUAGGUUUCAAAAAACUAGUUAAAAAUUCUCCUGGCUGUUUUAAUCAUAAAUGUGUGGGAACCAUCACGUUUCAUUCAUUAUUUACUUUGGAAUUGAAUAUGGUUUAAUAUGCAACCAGUGAACAUCUUUGGUUAUCAUUUUCAGCUCUACCUCAUCUUCUGAAUGUUAUCCUCCAUUUUCUCGACUUCUAUUUUGGAAUAAUUUCAGUGAAUUUUUCAUAUUUUCAUUCUUAAUAUUAGAUAUCCAUACUCAAGUUUGAAAUUCAAUAAAAUAACACUAAUUAUAGCCAAACAAUUUGAAUUGAUACUUUGUAAUAUGCAUUUGUAAAUAAUGUACAAUAAAGUAUUCAAUGCAAUUCUAAAUUUGUUUCAUAAUCGCUUCAAGUAAACAAGCUAGUCUAUUGUUCUUUUGCAAUAUCACAUGCAGUAGAAAAUAAUGUAACUGUCUGUAGAAAAAAGAUUUUUCUACAGAAGAUUUCUUGAAUUUCAAUACUAACUUUUCUAUUACUUCCCCAUUGCUUGAGCUGGGUGUUAAUUAUACAUGUUGAUGUUUUACCAAAAUAUUACUUAUUAUUUUUGGGGUUUGAAUAAUUGAGUUUACAAACUGAUUUACAAAAAUACUUUACUUGCAUUUUUCAUAUUCACACAUGCAUGCUCAAUAAGUUGGAAUUGUUACCAAUCUACCACACUGCAUAUUUUUCCUUAAAAUGAUUGU